GAGGAAAAGUCGUGAAGUCUCGCUACCUGCAGUACGAUAAGAAGGACGCCAAGAAAGAUGAUGCUUCAGCAAAUUCCUUUGCAAAGUCCACUUCUAAACUGUCAUCUGCAACUAAACCAAGAUCAAUUUCUCCUCAGAAACGUAGAACUCCUGCUGGUGUUGCCCCCAGCUCAUUAAGUAAAGGUAGUUUUGAGAAAUGUUACUUGCAGUCCACUUUAUUAGAUGAGGAUAAAACUGAUCUACCAGACAUUGAUCUUUCAGCUGUUAAUGAUAAAAGUGUGUGCAGGAAGUCUUCUGAUUCAGAAUCUGCUUACGAAGAAGAUACAGUAACAUGUGAAGACCCUGAAGCAGAGGAAGGUGAUUCUGAUGAUGCAAUAGAAGAGCUGGAAUCUCAGACACUGCUUUUAACUUACCUAAGACUAAAGGCAGAAAAAAAUCUUGCCAAGCUGGAGAAAGAAGCAGAAAAAAACUUGUUAAUGUUGUGUGAAGAAAAGGAGAGAGAACAGAAGCAGCUCUUUGAGUUGAAGCGUGACAUCCUACUCAAAGAAAGAGAGCAGAAACUUAACGAUGCAUUAGACAAACAGAUGGAUUUACUUUCUUCCCUUGUUCCUGUUUGUGAAGAACUUCAAGAGAAAUAUAAAAGAUUUGCAGUUUCCCUGGAUGCCACUAGACAUGAAUUACCCAUAAAGAAUAUUCACAUAGAAGGAGAUAUGCAAACAUACCUUGAAGAACUGCAAAAGCAGUUGAAGAUCACAGAGGAGCUUUUGACAGAACUUACACCGAGCUACUCAGAAGAAAGUGCAAAAGCAUUUAGUGUACUGGAAGAGCUUAGAGAAGUGUCUCGGGAACUGGAUGAAGAGCUUCAAAGGAGCUUCCCAAGAACGCUGAACCUGUUCUCUGAAGUUAGUAAAGAAGUUUCUCUGCAUAACCAAAGAAAAUGCGAAGAGAAUCAUGGACUAGAUGUUAUGAAGCGCUGGUACUUCAAAUAA